AUGUCUCACAGCAGCUCUGAUGAGGAUACUGAUAUUAGUGAAUCUGAAAUUAGUGAGUAUCGAGAUAAAACUUAUGAAGAACUUAAGAAUGGAGUUCAGAAUGUGAAAACCUCGAAUGAGACUUUCACUUGUCCGUACUGCCCAAAAAAGAGGAAACAGGAUUAUUUGUGCAAGGAGCUCCUUCAGCAUGCUUCUGGGGUGGGUCAGAGCAGUUCAAAUAAGAGAAAAGCAAGAGACAAGGCUAAUCAUUUGGCUUUAGUGAAGUAUUUGGAAAAGGAUCUUAUGCAUGUUGAUGUUCCAGGAAAAGAUUCUAAAUCGAAGGAAGAAAGUGAUCCUUCUGUUAAUUCUGAUGAGCAAUUUGUGUGGCCUUGGACUGGAAUUGUAGUUAAUAUUCCAACUAGGCGGACAGAAGAUGGACGAUGUGUUGGGGAAAGUGGUUCCAGGUUGAGGGAUGAGUACAGAAGCAGGGGUUUCAAUCCAGUUCGAGUCAGUGCUCUGUGGAAUUACCGGGGUCACUCUGGAACUGCUCUUGUGGAAUUCAAUAAAGACUGGCCAGGCUUACAAAAUGCAUUGGCAUUUGAACGGGCAUAUGAAUUAGAUCAUCAUGGCAAAAAGGAUUGGUUUGUUAAUUCUGAGCAGAAGUUUGGCCUUUAUGCAUGGGUUGCUCGAGCAGAUGACUACAAAAUGAACAAUAUCUAUGGAGAACAUCUGCAAACAAUGGGUGAUGUCAAAACCAUUUCUGAGCUUAUUGAAGAAGAAACUCGAAGGCAGGAUAAACUUGUCUCCAAUUUGACUAACAUUAUUCAGGUCAAGAACCAGCACUUAAAAGAGAUCGAAGUGAGAUGCCAUGAGACUUCACACAAAAUAAACUUUGUGAUGAUGGAAAAAGAUAAACUCAUUCAAGCUUACAAUACUGAGAUAAAGAAUAUACAGUCAAGUGCCAUGGGUAACCUCAAAAAGAUUUCAAUUGAUCAUGAAAAGCUUAAAUUGCAACUAGAAUCUCAGAAAAACGAACUUGAGCUGCGGAAAAUCGAAUUAGAAAAGCGUGAGGCACAUAAUGAAAGCGAAAGAAAAAAGCUGGCAGAAGAAAUCAAGGAGAAUGCCAUGAAAAAUAGCUCUCUUCAUAUGGCUACUCUAGAGCACAAGAAAGCUGAUGAAAAUGUUAUGAAAUUGGCAGAAGAUCAAAAGAGACAAAAAGAACAGCUCCAUGCCAAAAUCUUCCAUCUUCAAAAACAACUUGAUAGGAAACAAGAGCUGGAGUUGGAGAUUCAGCGAUUGAAAGGAUCUUUAAAUGUGUUGAAGCACAUGAAAGAAGAUGAUGAUGCAGACCUUCUGAAGAAGGUAGAUACUUUACAAGAGAAUUUAAGAGACAAGGAACAAUUACUUCAAGAUUUAGAUGAGUUGAACCGAACACUAAUUAUUAAAGAGCGUGAGAGUAAUGAUGAGCUGCAGGAAGCUCGGCAUGCAUUGGUUAAUGGUAUUAAAGAAUUAUCGUUUCGUGGAAAUAUCCGUUUGAAGAGAAUGGGAGAACUUGAUACUAAACCAUUCAUUGAAGCAAUGAAGAAAAGAUAUAAUGAGGAGGAAGUUCAGGAGAAAGCUUCAGAACUGUGCUCAUUGUGGGAAGAGUAUCUAAAGAACCCAGAAUGGCAUCCAUUUAAAGUUAUCAUGGCUGAAGGGAAAGAAAAGGUGUCUGUUAAACAUAGAUCUCCAGAAAUUAUCUUGACGUCUACGUGCUUCAUUGCAUGUCACUGUUAG